UAAUAUAAUAAGUGUUAUUAUUUUGACUUAUACAAAAUGGACAAGUGUGUUAUUUGUGAUGAACAUGUACGAAUAAAUAAAAAUGGUAAAGAAGAUUUAGUGAUCAAUUUAGGCCAAAAAGCAAUAGCAUCAUUGACUGAAAAAAGUGUAAAAUUAAAAGAUCACAAAUGGAGGAAAUGGGUUAAAAAAACUGGUCUUAAAGUACACAAAGGAUGUCUUCAACAAUACAAAAAUUUAAAUACUGUUGUGCCUUCUCGUAUUCUUCAACCAGUUACAUUACCAGGACUGUCUGUUAAUGAUGAUGCUUACACAUAUGAAGAUGAUGAUGUUUUUGAUUUUGAAAAAAAUUGUGUGCUAUGUGGAACAGAGUGGGAUCGAGAGACAGGCCAUACAGUUGAUAGAACCUAUAUGAGUAACAAAUUGUUAAAUAUGAUUAAAAAUUUAAAAGGUCAUGAUGAUUUAAAAAAAAGAACAAGUGAAGUUCUCUCACUGGUCGAUAAUAAAGCAAGAUAUCACCAGAAUUGUUAUGAAAGUAUAUUUGUAUUGGUACCUGAUGAAAAUGCAAAAUUCCAAGAAAAAUUUGAUAGUGUUUGUAAAUAUCUCGAGGAUCAUAAAGGUGAAACUGUCACAUUAUCUACAUUAAAAAAAAUCAUGGGAGACCAGUACACCGAGUCAAGGUUAUUACAACGUAAGCUCAAGGAUAAGUAUGGUGACGAUUUUCAUUUUUGGUCUGAACGUGGAAAAGAAUCCUUGUAUUUUUACAAGAGAAAUUAUCUCAUUGAUUCAUGUAGUGAUUGGAUGAUUGAUGACAGUAACCUUGGUCAAGAACAACAGUGUUUGAUUUUGUCGACUGCAGCAAAUAUAUUGAGAAAAAAAAUCAUGGAUAAAAAGUAUGAAUGUGAUUCCUAUAACGCACCCGGUAAAUUUCUUUCAACAGUUGAUGAUGAAAUUCCAAAAGAAUUAUCACAUUUUUUAACAGCACUAGUAUAUCCAGAUGAACGAAAAAAUUAUUAUCUAAACAAAAUCACAUACAUUGCUCAUUCCAUCAUUCGAUUAAUAAAACCCAAGUCUUUUAUUUCUCAUCUUCAGUUGGCUCUGUCAACCUAUAUACUGAGGAAAACAGGUUCUAAAUUGGUUAUUGAUAUUUUAGCCAAUCUUGGAAUAUGUUCAUCGUAUUAUGAUACUACAUUGUUUGAAGCAUCUUGUGUGAUGAAUCCACCAGAAUUUAAUACUGGUGAUUCUCAGAUUCAAUUUGUUUAUGAUAACACUGAUCAUAAUACACAGACAUUAAGUGGUAAAGAUACAUACCAUUGCAUGGGGGGAAUAGCAAUAUAUACCCCAGAACAAGAAGUUACAUGUGAAGGCAAAAUAAAAAAAUGCAAAACGAUGCCAACUGAAGAGGAAAUUGUUUCUGUUAACACAAUAACCACCUCAUAUUUACCUGCAUCAUUCCGUGAUGGUUUGUCCAAGAUAGAGUAUGUUGAUACUGAUAUUUUUAAAUAUGAAACACCAGAUCCAUUACCACCAUCAUAUUGCGCUUUUUUAUGGGGACAUUAUUAUGGUGUAAAAAAUAUGCCAUCAUGGAAAGGGUAUAUGGAAAUAUUAUCAAGAGAACAUUCAUAUUAUGUUUCACGCAUUAUCUGCAUGCCAUUUAUCAAGCUCAAACCAACAGAGCCAACAACAAUUUUCACAGCACUAGUUCAUGCACUUGAAGAAACAAAAAAAAAAAAACAAAAAACAUGCUUUGUUACAUUUGACCAACCAUUAUAUAUCAAGGCACGAAAUAUCAAAGAAGGCAUGAGAGAUCAUGGUAUGGACAAUGUUGUUGUCUUGCUGGGUAUGUUCCAUUUGAUAAUGUCAUACAUGGGAACAAUUGGUUACCUGAUGGAAGGUAGUGGUCUGGCUGAUAUGUUUGGUGUAGUUUAUGGUGAAAAGGCUGUUGAAAAGUUACUGACUGGUCAUAUUUUUGACCGUGCAAUGCGUGCACAUACACUUGCCUUUAUUGCAUUAGGAAAAAUUAUAUGUGCCACUGCAGUUGAAAAUAAUGGUGACAUCAGGGAUCCAAUUAUCAAUUUUUUUAAAGACUGGGAAACUGACCCUCCUCUUUUAGGAGAUUGCAAAGUAGACAUGAAUAUCCAACGCUCAAGAAAAAUGUUUCUUGACCAAUUAGAAAUUUUUAAAACAAAUGGACCAACGGCUCAAUUAUGGGCUCAAUACUUUGAGUCUCUGGUCAUUCUAUUUCAAUUCUAUGAGUCCUCACGUCUAGGAAAUUGGGAUUUAUUUCUGCAGAGUAUCCAGCAAAUGUUGCCAUUUUUUCAUGCGGCAAAUCAUUUUCAUUAUGCCAAAUGUGCUCAAAUAUUUUUACAGGAUAUGGAAAAUUUAAAAAAUUCAAUGGACCCCGUAGAAUACCAUCAAUUUACAAAUGAAUCUAUGUUCACCAUCCGCAGAUCUGAUAAAGCAUUUGCAGGAAUUUGGGCAGACAUGACGAUUGAGCAGACAUUAAACCGAUUUUUUGGCACUGACCUUGUGCAUGGUCGUGGCGUCACUGAUGGUGUGGUUGCAAGAUAUUUAAAUAGCAUGCCUUCAAGCUAUGAAGUGAUGAAUGUUUUGGAGGAAUACACUGGUGUCAAUACUCGAAGAAGUGAACAACACAAGGAUUCAACCAGAUCAAGAAUUAAUAUUGAUCAAAAAGAUGUUGAAAAAUUUGUGUUUUGGCUAAACACACAUCAGCCAUUUACUCCAAGGCAAACUUUGAUGUCUUUAUCAACUGGAGCAAUUGGUACUCCAAACAUCAAUUGCCACUUAGCAGUUAUUAUGGGUAAAAAAGCCAUGAAAAAAAUGAUUGGCAAAAAUGCUGAGCAAGUCAAAUUAAGUAAACAAGAUGGCGUUAAAAAUUUGAGUCAUGCUGUAUCAAUUUUACAUCAUGCAGAAGACACAAGUGCAACUGAUCACAUGGCACGAAAAAAAUAUAGCAGUUGAUA